UUACAGCUUGGCCCUUUAAUCAGGCGCCCAUCCUUUCCGACCACUCCUCGUUCAACUCGAAUCUUGAGGUGUCUGGUAGCCUAUUCGAGGUCUCAAAUUUUUAUACGCCCAAAAUGUGGGAGGUUGUGCUCUCGCCGGUUUCUCUGCUAUCUGUUCGGCCUGAGCGCUCUAGUUUCUGUGCUUUCUGUUCGAUCUAUUCGGCGCUCUGCGGAUUCUUCGUCGGCGUGGACUUGCUCCUGCGUAACUUACAUACACUGACCUUGUCCAUCGCACCUCUCUGUCUUCAUUAGUCGGUAUUCCUUGGCAUAAUAACGUCGCCGU